AUGUAUUUGGAAAAUGAUGAAGGAAUUGGACCAUCUCCUAUAUCAAUAUCAUAUUGUCGAGAUUAUCCGUCUUUUGCAGCCGAAGACGAAACUAAACAGACAAUCAUCAUUUUUCCACAAAAACUUGAUUUGAGUGGUCUGAAUGAACCAGAAUAUUCAGGUGAGAAACAUUUGCCGACUCUUAUUUUCAAAUAUUUAAUUUAGAAAUUGUAAAGUCAAAAAAGAAGAGCAAGAAGCCGAGCCCAAUCAAGCCAUACCACGAUUCAGCAAUCUAUCCAACAGGAAACAAUUAUCGCAGCGCGAAAAGAGUACGUUUUUUUCUCAAUUGUGAAUCUUUGUUGAAUAAUAUGAAAAAUUCAGAUUAUUGAACCAAUAAAAAGUAAGUCUACGGAUUUGUCAAAAUAUCGCAAAGAAAUUGAUAUGAUUUGUGGAAAUAUCAAUCAAAAACUAACGGUUAGUUUUAAAAAAAAUUUAAAUUAUUUUCAAUGUUUACUAACAAAAAAAAGAAAAGUCUAUUUUCAGAAAGCGGAAAAAUAAAAGCUUAUUUUCAGAGUAACAAUUCAAUUUCAUCAAACACAAGUGAUCGUGGUUCGUCGGUUUCUUCAACUUCGAGCGAUCAAAGAUCACUUUCAGUUGAGGUAACUAGAAUUUCUUAAAUUUUAAAAGUAAAUUAUCAAAUUUCAGAUAAAUCGCGCCAAGAAAAUAAUUUCAAAAUUCGGUCAACAUAAUUAUACAAAAGCUUUCGAAGAUUCAAAUUUCGAUUGUAAUUCUUCAAAUCGUUAUACAACAUACUUAUCAUCUAAUGAUUCAACAAGACCGUAUGUGUUUUCUUUAUAACAAUAAUUUAUAAUAUAAUUGAAAAUGAGAAUUUGAAAACGCGAUAAAUUGCAGACCAUCAAGCGAAGGCUCAUUAUGGAAUGAAAAAGAAGUUAGAGAGGAAGCAAGAGGCGAAAAAGAAAAAAGAACAAAAACGGAAACUUAUAACAGAAGAGAUUUGAUUUCGCAUUUGACAAAUGUUGGCCUAAGAGAAGCCGAAAAUGCGAGAAGACAAAUUGAAAAAGAGAGAAAAAAUGUGGCAACGAAUACAAGUAGUAAGUAACAAAAAGAUGAAGAAAAUAUCUCAUGGGAAUUACAUUUGAUAAUAUAAAUAUCUCAACCAAUGAUGUGUUUUUUUUUGAUCAUUCAAGCGAUUACUACUAACUGAUCUUAUUUGAAAAUCUUUCCAAAAGAUUUGUGAGAAAAAUAUCAAACUGAGGUGAAGAUAUUGAUAUUCAAUCAGUGUAUAAUAGACAAAUAUAGGAUUAUUUGAUAAGAUAAAUGUUGAUUUUUCCAGAAAUUCUAAACUCUCAACAACUUUAUCAUCUCAACUCGCACAAAUCGUCAUCAGAUGAAAGAACUCUGGUCGAAUUGAGCCCUCGAAAACAAAUUGAAAAAGCAUUUGAACAAUUUGGUAUCAAUGAUGUUUUACCUCCAACUUGUGAGUUUUGGGAAAAUAUUUUGAAAGAGAAUUGGCCCAAAAUUGAUCAAUGAGAAAAUUAUGAAAUUUUUUCGAAAGUCUGCAAAAUUGGAUAAAUUUUUCCGAGCCGUAAUUCUUAAUUUUUAGUGCUCUAUAAUCCGGCUUAGAGGUCCAUUAUUUUGGUAAUAAAAAUAAUUUGGAAUAUAAUAAAUUUACCUUUGCUGCUGUGAAAGAUUCAUAAUUUCAGCCGAUUUUUGAGAAAAUCCCUGUUUUUUUUUCCAAUUUUCAUAUUGAUUUAUGUUUAUGUUCAGAUCGAACAGAAGAAACACCAAUAUUAUGCAGUACAUCGACAAUUGAAUCGUCUCGAGGUAAUUAGUAUUUAUUUGCUUGGAUUAGACUAAUAAAAUAAACCUAAUAAUUAUAGGAUCAUUGGAAGUGGCACGAGAUUCUCAUUCUACAAAUAUUCAACAUUUUCCAUUGCACCAUUCACAUUCAACUAUGAUGAUUCCAAAAGAAAAGACAUUGUGUCACAAUCACAAUAAUUUGUCACUCCCAAAUUUACAGAGGUUUGUUUUUUAACAUCUUUCUAUUUUUAUUCCAUUCUUAUAUAGAUGUUUCCAGAUUUAUUGUACGACCUUCAACUAGAGAUAUAUUCAAUGCACCAAUUGAUAUUGAUCAAAUUUGUGGAAAAGGAUUGAAAAAAGAUUUGAAAAGCAGAGAAAAACAUUUUGGUGGAAGUGAAGUUUUGAAUUUGGUACAAGGAAAAACAAAUUCAGCGCCAACAACUUCGAGAAUUCGGGAAAUGUCUAAAAGAUCUCAAAGUUCGACGAUUGCAACAAAAGCCAAACAGAGAAGUGUUUCAAGAACAAGAGAUAAUAAACAACCGCCAUAUUGUAGUACAACUAAACAUGUUAGUUUUUUUUUUUGAAAAUUGGUCCUAGAGUUUUUGGGAGAUCAUUUAGUGAUGUAGCAUUCAUAUUUUUGAAAGCUAAAUGUGUAAUAUGAUUUCGUGGAAGAUAUUUUAACCUAAUGUUUGUAAAAAAAAUGGUUUGCAUUUUGUCUUCCAAAAAAUGUCACGCUUAUCACUUCUUUGAAAAUGUUAAACUUUUUUUUUGAAAAAAACGUGUCAUUUUAAAACAGUUUUAAUGACAAUUUUUUGAAUAAUACAAUACAAAAUAAUUUUUCAGAAUCUUGAUGGUGUUUCUUAUUCAGUCGGAGCUGUCAGUCAAGAAUUGUUAGGAACAAUCAAAACACUUUAUCCAGAAUGGAUUCCUUUGGCACACAAAAUAAUGAAUGAAUCGAUGAAUGUGAAUAUUGUUGAAAUGUUUCGACUGGAAUUAGAUCGACAAUUAACAACAAAACAAUUGAAAUAUCAAAAAAAUCGACGAACUGAUGAUUUUGAUGACGAAUUUGAUAAUAUGACUACGAAAUUGGAAGUUAUCAAUAGAAUAUGUCAAAAGGUAAUUAUUUAUAUAAUUUUUUUCAAAAAUCCUCAUUUUUCCAGCUUUCAAAUAGCCCAAAUAAUUGUCCACGUGUUCAACAGCUCAAAUUAAUUCAAUCAGUUUUAUUAAGUGCUUGA